AUGGCCACGAGAACGACUGUCAAAGCUCUCGGCAUCGUCAAUGACUUCCAUGUUCUUCCAUUGACGACUCCUUCGUCAUCGGCAUAUCCGCACAAGACAACACAUUAUCUUUACGUUCGCGCCAACACGCCCAAAGUUCCGACCGAGGAUACACCCCGGGAGGUCUUCCUCGUCAAUGUCCCCGUCGAUGCAACAGAACUUCAUGUUCGAAGCCUCUUUGCAGAUCAACUUGGCGGUCUACGAAUAGAGAAAGUCGCAUUCGAAGCUGCACGAGUCGGCAAAGGAAUCAAUGCGCCGGUAGCGCCAACCACACAGGGAAAGAAGCGGAAACGCAUCUCUGAGGAUGCUGGAGAUGAUAGCAAUCUGGACGAUGAGGAAUUCGGGCUACUACCAGAAACUUGGGAUCGUUCGCUUCACCACAGUGGCGGCACCGCAAUUGCUACGUUCGUGGACAAAACCAGCGCCGAUCUGGCAAUAAAAGAAGUGCGAAAAGCCGUCAAGACCAAGAGAGAGAUCCAAUGGGGCGCGGGACUUGCAAAGAAACUGCCAAGCUUAGGAUCGGCACGAUAUCUUAACCACCACCAUCUCCGAUUUCCAGAUCCCAACGUUCUCCAAUCGAGCGUUGACGCAUACAUGGAUGCCUUCACCGCCAAGGAGGAAGCGAGAAUGAGGAUGCUUGCCAAGCAACGCUCCGAACCGGACGAGGAUGGCUUUAUUACGGUCACGCGUGGUGGACGGUCGGGUCCUGCCAAAGAGGAGGAGACUCGAGCAAAGGAAGAGGAGCUCAAGAAGCGUCAACAGAAUAUGGUCAAGAGCGAUUUCUACCGUUUCCAAGUUCGGGAAAAGAAAAAGGAGCAGGCGCAGGAUCUAGUGCGCGGAUUCGAGGAAGAUCGCAGACGUUUGGAAGAGAUGAAGAGGAGAAGAGGAAAGCUGCGACCAGAAUGA